AGCGGGCGGUGGCUGGGACCCCGGCCCAACAUGGCCGAAGUGAGCAUCGACCAGUCCAAGCUGCCCGGCGUGAAGGAAGUAUGCCGGGAUUUUGCUGUCCUGGAGGACCACACCCUGGCUCACAACCUGCAGGAACAAGAGAUUGAGCAUCAUCUGGCGUCAAACAUUCAGAGGAACCGUUUGGUCCAGCAUGAUCUCCAGGUGGCGAAACAGCUCCAAGAAGAAGAUCUGAAAGCACAGGCUCAGCUCCAGAAGCGCUACAAAGACCUAGAACAACAGGACUGUGAAAUUGCUCAGGAAAUUCAGGAGAAGCUGGCUAUUGAGGCUGAGAGACGGCGCAUUCAGGAGAAGAAAGAUGAGGACAUAGCUCGCCUUUUACAAGAAAAGGAGUUACAAGAAGAGAAAAAGAGAAAGAAACACAUUCCAGAAUUCUCUGGAGCCCAUGUUUAUGAAGACAGUUAUUAUUAUGACGAUGAAGACCAGCCAAGGUCAAGGAGGGCCGGGGAACUGGGUUCUGGAUAUCCAAGGUCUUGUAGCCUCCUAAGCGAUGGAAAGACUGUGAAGCAGAGGAAGGAGAAACCAAGACGUGCGCUGGAGAACUUGGAAGAGCUGGAAGAACUGCGUUCAUCAGAGAAACCCUUGUCAUCCUGCAGCCGGGACAAAGUGAGGGAAGCUCCACAGAUCACCAGUGAGCAAUGUGAAAGGACACUGUCUGGUCAGGAGAGGAUUCGAAGGCCUCCGCUUCCCAAGAUCAGUGGUGAAGUGUUUCUGAGUACUGAAUCUGGUGACUGGGAGGCUAAAAGUAGCCGUCGAACUCGGAAUUGGGAAAAACAUUCCCAACAUCAAGACCAGCUGUCACCCAAACCCCCACCGAAAGCGGGGCUUCAUUGCAAGGAAGCUGUGGAUGGGAGGGGCCCUGGGCAAGGUGAGCACAGAGAAAGGCGACACAGGCCCAAGUCUCCUCCCUUCUCAGAGAGAGAGGAGCGGCACCGCCUCCACAACACAGGAGUGAAACCAAGGGUGACGAAAGAAGCUGUGUGUGCUCCAUCACGGGUGACCCACAGAGAUCAGGAAUGGUAUGAUGCUGAAAUUGCCAGAAAACUGCAAGAAGAAGAAAUUCUGGCUACCCAGGAGGACAUGAGAGCAGCUCAAGUAGCCCAGGAUGAGGAAAUUGCUCGACUUCUAAUGGCUGAAGAAAAGAAAGCUUACAAGAAAGCCAAAGAGCGGGAGAAGACAUCUUCAGACAAAAAGCAUGACCCCGAAUGGAAGUCAAAAACUGCUAAGCCAGCACACUCCAAAUCAAAAGAAAGCAGUGAGGCUCACCGUUGGAAGACUGACAGGCCAGCACGGCCGCCACCAGCUGCCAUGACAGAAGCCGAAGAUCUGGAUGGCGUUCACUUUGCAAACCAGCAUACUUCCACACGUCAUUAUUCAAAAUCAGAGUCCUCUCAUAAAGGUUUCCAUUACAAGCAGUGAAAACUUGGACUCUGCCUUGAAAUAGACUCAUUUGUAGCAAAUAUUACUGGAUGAUAUACAGUGCAUUCCACAAUUCUUCCUUCAGUGUUUGCAUUCCUAGGAUUUAUUUUCCAGUGUUUUUUUUUCUCUAUAAAUAAUUUCUAUUCAUUUCAGUGUUUUCACUGUUCUGGUCACUUGGGCAGUAUAAGAAAAUAUAGCUUCUGAAUAUUGGCCACUUCUACACUGCAUAUACUUCUUGGAAUGUAGUAUCCAAGAGCUUUAUAAAAUGCCAUUUUGUUAGCUAUGGAGUAUAGGUAUCUAGGGACUAGGUUUAUUUAGCAGUUAAAUUCUAUGGAGAUGAAUAAUCAAAGGGAAAUACAGCGUUUGGGUACAACACAGUAAAAGAAUAUAAGAACUAGCUCUUUUGGUGUACUGGUAUAUGUUACUUUGAAAGCCAGAGCCUUUGUUUUUUUGUUCUUUUCAGGAAAAGAAAAAAGUCAAAGCCAAUACAUGUUUUAAAAAGAACAUCUGGAGUAGUUGAAAUAUACUAUUCUGAAUACAUGGCUUGCAGUGGUUGCGUGUCCUUUUAACUCCUCAGGAAAAUUGGCCCAGAUACCGUUCUCUAACACUUACUGUGCAAUUGAUGUGUCAGUAACCGGGCUUGCUAAAGACCCUGGUCAGUGGACCAUGAAUUAAAAGCUUCUUUGAAAUUUUAACUCAGGUUAUGCACAGUCAACUAAAAAUGAAAAUCUGUUUGUCUCGUUUUGUAUUUAUGUGUAGGGCCAAGAGAAUAUGAUUGUGUGAGUGAAGAUACCAGUGAUUUCUCUGGCCAUAGAUAAAAGUUUCUCUCUUCCUUAAAGAGCAUAGGAAUAUUGGUUGUUUUUAGCAACCUUCUUUUUGAUUUAGGCAAAGUCAUUCUUUAUCCGAAUAUGUGAUCCUAUAAUUUGUUGAUAAGCAUCGUAUUCCCUUAAUCCAGCACUUUACCUGCUCUGGGCCGUGCUGCUGCCCAGCAUUUAUUUCCUUGUGUUGGAAGGCCUGCUUAAGAAAUUCAGAACCAUUUCUAGCUGCUAAUUCAUGGAAUUGUUUAUUUGCCCAUGCUAUUUAAUCAACAUAAACGGCAGUUGGCAAUCAAGACGUGUGUGUGUGUGUGUGUGUGUGUGUGUGUGUGUGUGUGUGUGUGUAAAAUAUAUAUUCUUUCAGUUUUAUUUACUGUUCUUUUUCUAUGUGCAAGUCUGACAUUUUAGUCAUUUCAGUGUGGUUUUUAGGAAAGAAACAUCCUGGUGACUAGAGAAAAAGAUGUUAGUUCUCCACCCUCCCACAGGAGCCUGUUUGCCUUACCUGUCCAGGCUGUCUUCGGCGAUGUUCUGGAAGCUAUUUAGAACAGAGUCGCACAGUACAUUUGGAUCUCUCAUUUUAAGAAUUUCUUAAAUUUUAUAUUAUAGAAACUUGAGUAAAAGGCACCAGAGAGGUAAAUUCUGGGCAAGAGAUAAGAAAACCUUAAGGGAUGUAGUCAUUUGGGAAAAAUGAAGGAAAGGGAAAAAUAGCACUUUGAGCAAUUUCGAUGAAAUCAAUGUGGGAAAAUCUUCAUUGAAGGAGGAAGGGAGAAAAAGUCUAGCAUUACGCCAAAUUACGCAUUGUGAUUUUAAUACCUGUAAGUCUGUUGACUUAGCGUAAUGCUAUAUUUUCUUUAUCUGCCCUGUGAUUGACUUCAUUAUUUAAGUUUUUUAACAGUAACUAAAGGAAAAAUAUAGUUGUCUUUUUAUUUGAUAUCAACUUGGGCAAAUGGGCAGCAUCAUUUGCCAUAUUUUUAUUUUAUAAAUGUUUAUUUUUCUAUAUCUCACUCAGUGAUCAGUUUUACUUUAAAAACUGAUUUUUUUUUCAUGUACUUCAUUCAAUCAUAUUAUUGUAAAAUGUUAACUUGACAGACUUCAGUCAAAAAAUGUCAGACCAUGUAACACUUUACCAGAGUACUAGUAUAUCCGCUGUCUUAGUGAGUGGCCAAAGGUAGUGUUGCCCUUGUGAGAACCAAUUCAACAUCAGUAUUGAGAGUUUGUUACUUUUUUUAGGUUUUUAAAAGAUAAGAAUAAUAAAAUAUAUCUUUAUUUUAUUUUUUUUGAAAAGCACAUUUUUUUAAGCAUAUCGUAAUUAUUUACAUGUGAACAAGAAGAUAGAAAUUAAUUCUCCCAGUUAUAUCCUCAUUCAUUUUCAUUCAGAUAACUGUAAAUAUUAUCUCUGAGAUGAUAGGAAUAAUAACAGCUGUAUUUUAAUGAGCUGCCAGACACUCUUCACUGUGUUCCCUGCUUCUUACUUUGUCAUUUUUAUAUAAAUGUGGAAACAUUUAUUUUGUUCCUGUUCCUGCUUUCGGAACAUGUACGAUUUAAUUUUUAGGCCUGUAAUGUCUUGUACUUAAAUGCUGUCAUGUAAACAAAUAGUUUUGGUCUUGGGAAACCUUUGUGUUGCUAAGUUUCUGUUCUCUACAGACCAGGCCUCAUUAGCACCAAUAUUGCUGAAUGAAGACAGUAUAUUAUUGACCCAUAUCUUGAGGCAUCUUGGCAUGUACACUCUCUCUCCCUCACCUAACUUUAUAUCAUUGCCUGGGAAGAGAGGUUACAUAAGGGUCACAUUCAGUGUUAUGAAAAAAAUUUGACUCGGUUCAAGCCACUGUUAAACAUCAUUAUUUGCUUGGGAGACUGGACAGUUGGUUCAUAUGUUUUAAAAGAACAUAGAGUUUUUUUAGAACAUGACUUUGUGUAUUAUUGAAUUACUAUUUCUCAAGUGACUUCAGGAAGUAGCAACAUACUAAUGAAGUGCAAAAAUAAAACAAAUACUAUGUGGGGAUUUUGAUUAUGGAAAAGCAUCUAAAUUAGGAAAGAUGCGCUCCUCAAGGAGGACAGUCUUUUCAGAAUGGCAUUAACUGCUAUCAUCUAGGUCAGGUUAUUCCAAAAUGUGUGACCGGGAGCCUUUUUUCCAUUGAACUCAAAAUUCUGAAGCCGACCCAUUUCUCGGACUUCCCUUCUGUGAGUGGAAGCUGAACUAGAUGUUGAGUAAAUGCAUUGCUGACUGUUCUCCACCUCUGUCUUUUACAGUCACAACGUGAUAGUGUAAAAAUAGCUUUUAACUGAUAGUUAUUUUUCUUUAAUAGUGUCAAAUCUUUCUAAAUCUGCCUUGUGCCAAGUUGGAAAUACCUAUUAUAAUAUGGUGCAUUCAGUUUACCACGUAAGUGGUAACAUUUUAGGGCCUUGAUUUUUAAGUUUUGCCUUUGUCUAAAAAUCACUUCGGGAACUAUCGAGAAGAUAAGUGCAGUGACUGGCUAAGUCUUCAGGCUAACAAAGGAGUGAGACCACUGUGGAAACAGCUGGAAAGACUGAGAACAGGAUAGAGCUUGCAGUCAAAGGCUUUUUCCCACUUUGAAAGGUAGUAUUUGUGUAGGGAGCAUUAGCAUCGAAAGGGAACACAGUUCAUGUACAUUGCAGUAUGCAUAGUGUGCCAUAUGCUGAUAGCAUAGGCUUUUUAGAAACAGUUAUAAAAAAUCAAAACCUGGAUUUUUAGUAACAGUGUAAAGACUUUUUAAGGUACAUGCUAUGUCUGUUCCUUGCUGCUCGUAGUCAGAUAAGCAACUCUCAAAGGUCCCAUUUUCCCCUCAUAUCUGUUGGUGCCUAUGAGUCUUAAAAGCCAUACCUGCUUAUCCUACUGCUGAUAGAAAACUUUUUUCUUAGCACAUCAAAAGUAAUAUGGGCAGAGAGCAGCAAAAUGCAGACUUUCCUGUUAACACUGCACAGGGCAUGUGAUCCAGAUUCUCCACUGAAGAUCCCUUUUUAUCUAUGAUGGUGUGUAAGUCUACUAACGGGAAGAACCAGAGGCUGCUAUUGCUCCUGGAACGUAGCAGCUGUUAGCAGACAUGCUACAGUUCAGUUCUAGAGAAGUCAAGAAAUGAGGGUGAGCUGAGGAAAUGUCAGUGUUACAGAGUCACUUCUGCUGAGUCCUGCACUUUACACCAACAGUGUCCAUGAGGAACAGUGUUGCCUUAAUUAGCUUAACUCUGACCGAGGUCAGUGUAUUUCCUCUGCGUGAGCAAUAGUGAAGUCUUCAUUGAAGUAUCAAAUUCACAGAUGAUCUGGAUCUGGAUCACAUGCCCUGUGCAGUGUUAACAGGAAAGCAUCUUCGUUACCUGGAGCUUCGGACCUGUUCUCCCACUGUGCUGUGGCUGAACUGUGACACUCAUAGACACAUCAUGUCAGUCUCCUGAGUAAGCAGACACGACCGAAAAGACUGGCUGAGGAAGAGAGAGUUUUCUAGCCAGGUCCUUCAUACCAGGUGACACUCUCCGAAUAGCUGGGGUUUACUGUCCUUUUUGAUUGCAACUGUGUGGGAGAUAUUUCCAAAGGUUCUAUUGUACAGUGAAGACAUUCAGACUACUUGAAAGAAUUCCAUCAGUACGUUUGUGUACCAGAAUGCUUACCAUUAACAAAAAACAGGAGAAAACCAACAAAAUACUGAUAUUUAUUUGAAGUGGGAGAUUUGCUCAUGUGAAGUGUUCUAUUCUUUUUUUUUUUUUUUUUUUUUUCUAAGAGAAAAUUAGGAAAAUUUUUGCUUUGGUAGGGACAACACUAGAGUGGUUUUAAUGGGUUCUGUGUAAUGCCACAAAGUGACACAACCAUGUACGUAAUCGUGUUGAUUGUGAAAAUAACUGGCCUUAAAAACCAUUCUCUCCCACUCAUUCAUACAAAGAUGAGAACAUUUGAAGGUGUUCUCGAUAGAUUUAAUAUAGUUUACAAUAGAUUUCUUAAUAGAUGUUCAAUAGAUUUAAUAUAGUUUUAUGUAUUGUGUUUUUAGCAAAUUAGAAAAUGUUUUUCUCUUUUUAAAUAACUUCCCCUAGCAGUGGGAACCAGCACUGUGCUCAUUUCAGAUCAUUGAAGAAUUAAUUGUAUGACUUAAAGCCUAUUUAUUUUUCAUUGCUGAGGUUCAAAUAUAAAGAAUAGAACAGUUGUUAUGUGACAUUUGAGUAAUAUUUCCUUCACAAAAGAGCAAGAAUUGAGAACAGUGAAGAGAAGAGUUGAGAGGAUAUACUACAAUACAUUAAUAUACUUAGGACAUACUUCUGUUGCACUGAAUUUAAGACUGUACAUGCUAAAAUAGUUUCUAGUUACUAAAUUUGGUGAGAGGAUUUUUGCUGUUAGAAUUUUUGUAUUUCGGAUUUAAUUAGUCUCUGCAGUAACAAUGGGCUGUAACUUUAGCCCUUCCUAAAAAUUGAAAACCAGAUGCUCCUCAGAAACAGCUAUGUUUUUACCUGCCUCUUACAGGUAACUAAAUAUUCAUUUCGGGAAACACUGUAAAUUAGAUGGGAUAGUGGGAAAAUAGUAUAUAAAGAUGUUCCAAAAUGAGAAUUUUUUGUAAUGUGGGUUUUCUGCUAAGAGCAUCACAGCACAAUACAUAUUUUGAAAAGGUGCCAAAUUUUAAAAAUACGAGUUUGCUGUCACAUAAAUCAAAUGGCUCGGGAAAGGUGAUAAAGUCAUUUAUAAUUUGGAAAAGUCAUCUCUUAAGAGAGAGUACAUAGUGCUCGAGUACUUUCCAUUUUUCCGUUAAGACCCCAUUUGAUAUUGGGAAUAUGGAUAUGUUUAUAAAGCAAAUGAGAUGUUAUCCCAUAUGCUCACUGAUUUAUAGCCAAGCCCCAGAGGCAAAAGCAUCUUUGAAACAGCUUAACAGAACCUCGAUGGAGUAUAGUUGCCUGUGUGAGGACAGAAAGCAGAGGCCACUUUAUACCACAUGACUAGAGAUUCAGUGAAACUGAGGGACACUUUGUGGAUGCCUUAAAGGUGAUCAGUGGUGGGUGCUGGGUAUGCAUAUACCCAUCUGGACUAGGCUGAUGGCCCUAGGCUAUUUCAGUUCACCUUCAUACCGCACAAGUUGUUCCUGCUUACAACCUCAUGGAGGGGGAUGACAAACAUGGUGCUGGUAGCUGUCAUGUGUCUUGGGAGGCUGAGACGGUCAGCACGCUGAGGCACACUGCAGUGUUCAAGCCUUCCUUAAACACCACUUGAAGAACUUUGUUCCUCUACACAAGCUUGUUUUCAUGGUUUGUAUUUUACACUUAUGUCGCAUUUGUUUCUUCAAAUACCAGGUUUCAUGUUGAUGUUACGAAUAAUUUUUAAACCAAAGUAUUGUAAAAGUCUCUGUGCUUUGUUUUCCUGGAUGGUUGGCGGUAAACACCAAUCUUGUCCUCUCAAUAAAGUCAUCUAUUUGUUAAGCCAAUGAA